AUGCCAGAACUCCUUCGAGACUCCAAGCCAUUCGUAUGGACGUCAAGUGCGGAUGAAAGCUUCAAGAAAGUGAAGUCGGUGCUCAGCUCCUGUCCAGUCCUCCACAUGUUUGACCCACGACUCCCUGUGAUCGUGGCGACGGAUGCUUCGUCUUACGGAUUGGGCGCUGUCUUGCAGCAACUUAAAGGGGACCAGAUUCGCACAGUUGCGUUUGCUUCUCGCACGUUGUCUCCCCUGGAGAGGAAGUAUUCGGUUGGAGAACGUGAAGCGCUUGCUUGCCUGUGGGCAUGCGAGCGCUGGCAUGUCUACCUUUGGGGACGCCCGUUUACUCUGCGUACAGAUCAUCAAGCGUUAGUGACGCUUCUUGGGGCCCAAGGUACAGGCCACAGACCUCUUCGAAUUUCCAGAUGGUCUGCGAGGCUACUUUACUACAACUUCAAAGUUGAAUACAAGAAGGGAGCAGAAAACUACGUAGCGGACGCUCUAUCCCGGCUACCGUUACCAUCACAGCAAGAAUUUGAAGAGGAGAUAGUGUGCACCGUCUCCAAUGCGAUCACCAAGGGAGAGCUCCAAGAUGCUACUCGACUCGAUCCUGAAGCCAGUGCAGUUAUCAACGCACUUGAAGGAGGGUCGUGGCCACCGCGUGCUGAGAUGUCUCGAAGCAUGAUCCCCUAUUACCGCUUUCGAGACGAGCUUUCUGUUGUAGAUGGACUGCUGUACCGUGGAGAACGCAUCGUUGUUCCGCAGGCGUUAACAUCUAAGAUUCUCACUCUCGCGCACGAAACCCAUCCGGGAAUUGUGCGGACAAAGCAGAGACUCCGAGAUCUCUACUGGUUCCCUGGAAUGGACGCACAAGCUGAAAAGAUGGUGCGUGACUGCUCUACCUGUCAAUCCGCUGACAAGUCUGCCAGGACAGCGCCUUCACCUUUACACCCGGUCCCAUUUCCGGCCAAGCCAUGGGCAAAGUCAGGUGUAGACAUCGUCGGACCGUUGGAGGACUGCCCUCACUCCUGUCGCUACGCCAUUACCCUAAUUGACUACCAUAGCAAGUGGCCGGAGGUUUCGUUUGCAUCAAAUGUAACAACCGCCACAGUAGAAACGUUUCUCCGGCAUGUUUUCAGUCGCGAGGGUUUUCCUGAAGAACUAGUCACUGACAAUGGCCCGCAAUUUGUUUCAGCAGAAUUUAAAAAAAUUCUUCAAGAUCGUGGCAUUCGUCAAACGACAGUUUCAGUGUACUACCCACAAGCAAAUGGCCAAGUGGAGCGUUUCAAUCGUGUUUUCAAGGACGUCAUUCAAGUUGCAAAACUUCGUAACAAGGACGUGAAAUCAGCAGUUCUCGAGUACCUCACCGUAUAUAGAAGUACCCCUCAUGCUACCACGGGUGUUUCACCGUCAGUUCUCCUUCACGGCAGGGCCAUACGAACUCGCCUAAAUGUGGUGGGACUUGAAGGGCAGUCAGUCGACGUGGACAUGCCGAAAGUCCGGCAGCGGGUGGAGUGUAAGCAGUCAAAGCAGAAGUUAUACACUGACUCUAAACUAUCUGCUAAGUGUCGAAUAUUCACUCCCGGUACCUACGUUCGAGUGCGCCUACCUGGUCGACGAAAGAAGGGGCAUCCGAAUUUUUAG